UCACAUCUGAAGCGACUUCAGGAAUUCCGAAUUUUUUGGAAAAUAUUGAACCGGCGGUGGCUGCCAAAUCGAAGGUUUCAAGUCCUUUAUCGCGGAAAACCUAUAAUCGGGAAAAUGUUAUGAUAGUGACAGGAAAAUGUGGAAAAUAUUUUUAGUUUUAGUUUUGUGUGAAAUAACGGCGGGGAAGCGACAACUACCCGUUGGCGGGCUCUUUACGCUGGAUGAAAUCGAUGAAGUGAUCGCGUUCCGAACGACCAUAAAUCGAGUGAAUGAUGAGCUACUAAAUUUCGAAUUAGUGCCGAUAGUGCGGUAUAUUACGGCGGAAGAUAGUUUUGUGCUGGAGCAGAUAACAUGUGAUAUUGUGGCGGAAGGAGCAAUUGCGGUGUUCGGCCCGAGCUCGGGGAAGGCAAGUGCUAUUGUGAAUUCGAUUUGUCACAACAAGGGAAUACCGCAUAUUUUGUUUAGCUGGCGUGACGAGGAGACCCGCGAGGAGAAAUUGGCCCGAUCGAUGACCGUCAACGUCUACCCCGAGCUGAUGGGAUUAUCUGAGGCUUAUGCCGACGUUAUUAGGAACUAUCAAUGGACUGCAUACCUCGUGCUCUAUGACUCCAGUGAAGGACUUAAGAAACUCCAAGAUGUGAUUCAACUGCCUCCGCCACAGCAACCGAUAGCCGUACUACCAAUUGGCGACGGUCCUGAUUAUCGACCCCUAUGGAAAGACGUGAAAGAAUAUGGUGAAAACCGCUUUGUGGUUGACUGUUCCCUUGACAAAGUAAUUGACUUCUUAAGUCAAGCCAGAGAUUUUGAACUUAUUGGAGAGGAUCAACAUUUUUUACUAACGAAUUUUGACACUCACACCCUACCACCUUCGCAGUUCAAACAAUUUCCAUCCAACAUUACAUCGGUAAAGAUAUCGGCACCUGAACAUCUACUCAGAGAGACGACUUACGAUUGGAUGGAUUACGAAUUGAAACGGGGAGUGAAGUAUGAAAUUGAUGAGAGGAGGGUGAAGACCUCUAUGAUCCUUAUACAUGACGCUGUUCAGUUACUCGCCAAGGCCCUAAGAUCCGACUAUUCCUUCGUGGAUAUGGAUCUACCAAACGUAGACUGUGAUACCCGAACUACUUGGGACGCUGGACAACAUCUAUACAAGAUCAUGAAAUUGAUGACCCACAACAAUUCAAUGGUUAGAGAACUGGAAGGUUUCAUUACAGGAAGAAUGGACAUGAACGAAUAUGGUGAUCGAGAGUUCUUCAAAAUGGACGUUACUAUGUUUUUCUCAGAGACUUUCCAUAAGCUCGUGACAUGGAACCGAGAUGAAGGCAUAGUUGACACUAAGAUGAGGGGAAUUAUCACCGAGAAACUUAGCGAAGCCAUUCAGAAUAAAACUUUUAAGAUUUCAACUAGACUUGGAGAUCCUUUUCUGAUGUUAAGAACCCCAAAAGAUGGCGAAGUCCUUGAAGGCAAUGCACGCUAUGAAGGAUAUGUGGUGGAUCUGAUGCACAGUCUUUCUGAAAGGCUUGGAUUCAAAUACGAACUCAAGCUUGUUCCUGAUGGAAAGUACGGAUCAAUCAACAAAGACACCCGGAAAUGGGAUGGUAUCAUCAGGCAAUUGAUAGAAGGAAAAGCAGAUAUCGGAAUCUGUGACUUAACAAUUACAUUGGAACGUCGCCAAGCCGUAGACUUCACAGUGCCAUUUAUGUCUCUUGGGAUCAGCAUACUGUACGCGAAACCUGUGAAGAAACCUCCGAAUUUGUUUUCCUUCAUGCUUCCGUUCUCUUUCGAUGUGUGGGUCAAUACAGUUGCUAUCUAUCUGGUGAUAUCCCUUUUGUUAUUCGCAAUAGCUAGGAUUUCCAACGAUGAAUGGGAGAGCCCACAUCCUUGUAAUCCCGACCCAGAAGAGGUAGAAAAUAUCUGGAACGUUUCCAACAGCAGCUGGCUUACAAUGGGGUCUAUAAUGGGGCAGGGAUGCGAUCUGUUGCCUAAAGGAGGUACAAUGCGUCUUAUCACCGGUAUGUGGUGGUUCUUCGCUUUGAUGUUGCUGAACUCCUACACCGCGAAUUUAGCUGCCUUCUUGACGAUGUCACGCAUGGAUGUAGCCAUCAGAAAUGUCGAAGACCUAUCCAAACAAGCGAAGAUUAAAUACGGCGUUGUUCAAGGUGGAAGUACUAUGUCCUUCUUCAGAGACUCCAACGAGACCAUUUAUCGUAGAAUGUGGGCUUCAAUGGAAAAUACGAAGCCUUCAGUCUUCGCUGCAACCAAUGCGGAGGGCAGGGACCGAGUACUGAAAGGAAGGAGGCUUUUCGCGUUCCUGAUGGAAUCAACCAGUCUGGAGUACAUAACCGAACGGUAUUGCGAACUAACUGAAAUUGGAACCCGUUUCGGGGACAAGUUCUAUGGAAUAGCUCUACCUCUAAACUCCCGAUAUAGAAGCAUCAUCAGCGAGGAGGUCCUUCGAAUGAGCGAACGUGGUGAAAUGUACGAUUUGAAGAUGAAAUGGUGGAAACAUUCUCAUGGAGGUGGCAAAUGUAUUUCUACCGAUCCUCAACCUGAUGGAAACGAACUCACAUUGGAGCAAGUUGGUGGUGUUUUCCUAGUCCUGGGAUCGGGUCUGCUCAUAUCAUUUCUAAUUGGAUUCUGUGAAUUUCUCUGGAAUGUCCAUAAAAUCGCAGCCAAGAGAGGGGUCACAAUAAAGAGGGCAUUUCGUACCGAAGCGAUGUUUGCUAUGAAAUUUUGGGUCAAACAAAAGGCAGUUGAUCCUGAACCAAGUGAAGAAUCGUUUCCUCGAAAACCUUCCCAAGUUAAAUUCAAAUUUUCAAUGACAAGCAGUAUCGGUUCGGAGAAUUUACGGACGAAAAGCGCUUUAGAUCUAAGGCCUCAGGUUUAAAAUGGAUAUUCUAGU